AUGCGCAGCAAUCACUUGGACCCGACGCGAUACGUUGACGCGCAAGCCUUCGAGAAGUACCAGCACUACAAGGGCCAGGAGCUCGUGGUAUCCGAAUGCAUCGUCGGCUCUCCCUCUGAAGUGUUUGACGCAUGGUUGGAGCAAGUUUGGCUGGCGGGGGCCACGGAGCUGCACGAGGACAGCACUCACCGGCCUGUAGUGAAGCCUAGCAUAGUCGUCACAGCUGAGAGCUUCAUAAUACACUCAGGAGCUACGUCAACAACGAAGCACUCAAGGUUAGCACAUAUGAUAGAUGAUCCAGAUCUACGAUGGGCCAUUAACAUAAAGUCUUCUGAAGGGUAUCCAGCGAUGGAAGAAGUCAAUCAGGAAGAAGAUGCACCACCGACCCUGAAAAUGAAGGCCUCCAAUGCCGCCUGGCAAGUCCUUGAGCGACUCGUUCCAACAAAUUCGACGCUCAGAGAGACCGAAAGACCUCCGCAGCUGGAUAUCGAUGAGAACGAACUCAGGAACUCCUGGCGACGAGAUGAACUGACGACGUAUAUUACAGCUCGAGUUGCGCGAGUCUAUUUCGUGCCGGGUGUGGACGCUCUCUUCAAAAUUAUCGCUGCAAAGGUGGAGGCAAUCCUGAAAGCCGAAGUCCUGAUAAACGCUGUGACUGAUCCAGCGGUGACUAGUAACCUCGAUCAAGCGUUUUUUAGCAGCCCCUACUCAGGAGACGCCGACGUGAGAUUCUUUCGCUAUUUGAUGCGGUGCUGUAAGCUCUACAGCGAGAAUCCUGCAGCCUACACUGCCCCCUACGUGACGAUCAUGCAGAGCUCUGGCUUCGGAAAGAGUAGAAUUCUGUACGAGGUUGCGAAAAAGAUCGCUGACCCAAAUACGAACCUGCCAGAAAGUGAAUUAUUCGAUUGUCGGUUGCUUGCAGUGGCGUACGCGUGCUCUAACUGGGAGGCUGCAAAGACUGAAUGGAUUGGGCUUUUCGGUAUGAAUCCUAUGAACGACUCACCUGUGUCAUGUGAAAGAAUCGAUGAGGCGUUGGGCACGGCACUGGCAACUUUUAUGGCAUCCGACUCCACCACCGACUCCCCAACUCGUAAGAAGUCUCUGCUCCACUACGUCAACUUUACGUACGAUGCACACAUCAGUGGCUAUGUGACGGAGCCCGUGCUGACUUUCGGGGCAACGCACCUGUGGUACGAGAUUGACCCAUUGCCGCUGGAGAAAUACGUACUUCCCCAAUUCUUGAAGCUAUUGUUGCAGGGUCUAAUCGACGUCGGAAGUGUGGGCGAAGUGGUGGCGCGAAUUAUUUUGCUGCUAGCUAUGGAUGCGACCAGCAUGGGCCGUCGUGCAGCCGGGGUAUUUCCACGCAAUCAGAAGGCGGCCGAUUUGAUCAUCCCGAUCUUCAGCUACCCAUCAAACAUGGACUCCGAUGCUAGGAUUUCCUUCAUCUUAAUUCAAGUUAAGAACAAGAGUGGCGCGGACAGAAUGUAUCCCCAAUCAGCACUCAACAACCUGACUCCUGCCAAUCUUUUUCAAAAGAACGAGAUCAAUCGGGACACACACGAGUUAUCCAAGUUCCCGGCACGCGAUAUAAUCCGAAUUUUCAUGAGCCUUCGGGAGAGCAAUCGGGACAAACCAGCCCAGUCGUAUCUUGUUGAUACGGAAGGGACCCAAGGCUCGUACUCGCUGUGUCUUCGAGCUACUGGAUAG